AUGGAAGCAGAGUCGUCUAAUAACAUACCUGAUGGCUUUGUAACCCUUGCUCAAUACAACGAGCUACUCCUGAAACAUGAAGCUCUCCAGAAAACAUACCACGAAUACAGAAAGGCUGCUGAGGCUCGUGCCUUGAAAGCUGCCCAGAAGAUACGCGAAGCAAAAGAGACUGUUCGCAAAUGGAAGGACUAUAUCGACAAGAAACUGGCAAAACAGGCCUUGCGAGAGGCCAAUCGCGAAUUUGAGAACCAGGGCUUUGCCACUCCUCGUGCUGUUCAAUCCAAUCUGGAAAACAUUGAAGAUGCUCUUGCCCUACCAAAUCCGGCUCUGGAUGUUGUUAGGAACACUUCCGCCGCGUCAUCGCAUUCUCCAACUCACAGCAGAAUUACCUCAAGUCAGACCACCGAAGGCGAAGCUCGUUCUAGCUCUAUUGCACACUCUGACGAUACUCCCGUCGUUGUCUCUGCGAAAGCCCUCAAGAGGAAAAGGAACUCUCCAAAGAAAGACUCGCAAGCUUACAAGGUCAAGAAUGAGCUUCUGAGCAGCAGUCCGCAUAACUCGCGCACGCCAGUCCCCACUUUCUUCAGGACAGAGACUUCGGAUCUAGACGUCUACCGAGAUCAGCCUCCUCUACAACAACCCAAACUGAAUAUUGAAAGACACCCUCUCAGUCGAGCACCUUUGAGGCAAUCGGAAGACCGGGAUCUCGAGUCCACACGAAGCUCAUUUGGCCAUCCUGAAACUCCGUCAAAUCGUGCACCAGAGACUCGCCCCUCCAGUGACGGAGAUGCCGAUAUCGCCAUCGAUGAUGAUGCAGAUGCUUUUGAAGACGAUCUUCAGCUUUCGGGUGGUACGGUCAAGACUGUCAAGACAGAGCCUGGCUCUGGUAGUGCAUCAAAAAGAAGAAAGAAUACGCUGGUCAGAACUGUUGGCAAGAGUGCUGGACCUGACGAGUCGCGUCCACGAUCUGGCCCAUUGCAUGACUUGAGUCCCAACACUCCAACUCUACCUCGGACGAGUGCUGCUCCUGUAACUUCCGGCAAGAAGCUUGACCAUAGUAGGGGAGCUACUGCUGUGCACGUGCUUUCAGAAGAUGGAGAUAACACUGAACGAGGAUUUAAGAAACCACGUAUUGAUGGUUCUACUCCAAAAGCUGUAGGCACUGGAAGGCUUAACGGACUUCUUGAAGGAACUUCACCUCAACUUGAUAGAACAAUUUUGAGUCCACGUUCCGCGCCAGCGACUCGACGACAACGCGAUUGGCUAAACGAUGCUUCUUCGAAAGAUUUAGAGGGUCAAACAGUCUCAAAGUCUGUAGAGAGGCCUGUCAGUCGCAUCACCAGGACUGUUCGAGAUAAGCCAUCUCCUCGCGCUGCUGUCGUGAGAUCCACCGGAACAGACGACCCAGGGGCAAUCUUACCUGAACAUGAGCCAUUGCGCGCCCGACCACUCCAUCGCCUAAAUCUUGACGACUUCAGAGUAAAUCCCAACACUGCUGGCGGUCAACUAGGGUAUGCUUAUCGCGAAAGCGUCCGCAAGCGCGAGGAGAAGAAGUGUUUACCUGGUUGUACAAGAGAAGAGUGCUGUGGCGCGAUUCGACGCUUCAUUGCCGCAGGCGGCUUGCCACAAGACACUUCACUUACCGACAAUGAGCUGACACUGCAAGGAUACUUGGGCUCAGCAUAUGCGUCCACGAUCCACAAAGCCACAGCACAGGAAAGACAGAACAUGCUGGUUGAAGCAAGAACCAAGGCAUUUGCGGACCAACAUGGCAAACAUCGAGAAAUCUGGCAAAGGCCACAGACACCUCCUGGCUUCUGGCGUACUGAGAUGCCCACGACACAAGAACUCGAACAAGAUUGGGAAGAAGCAAGUAAAAGGGAUCGGCAGAAGGUGGAAGAGAGAUGGCGAGAAGCCAUGAGAGGUGGCCGCUACGUCUUCCGGGAUGAGAUCUGA